AUGUCUAUUUACAAUGAGGAGCAUAUGAAAGCAGCAUUACGAGUAGCCCAAGAAGCGUAUGACAAUCUUGAAGUUCCAGUUGGUUGCGUUUUUGUCAAGGACAAUCAAACUAUUAUUGCACAAGGCCGUAAUCGACCCAAUGAGACGUUCAAUGCUACACGACAUGCAGAGAUAGAAGCGAUCGAUGAUAUACUAAAAGAGCACGACGUUUCGGUAUUCAAGGAUACGGAUUUGUAUGUCACAGUGGAGCCUUGUGUCAUGUGUGCCUCGGCUUUGCGUCAGAUUGGUAUCCGACAUGUAUAUUAUGGUUGUGGCAACGACAAGUUUGGUGGCAAUGGUUCUGUGUUUUGUAUUCACAAUGACCCACGUCUAGAAACACCUACAUCAAAACCAUAUCCAUCAGAAGGCGGUUUCUUUCGUGAGGAGGCAAUCAUCUUAUUACGCAAGUUUUACGUGAGAGAAAAUGAUCAUGCUCCCAUACCAAAGAAGAAAGCUACACGCGUGCUCAAGACCGAGAUCAAUUGA